CGCUGGCCUCCACGAUUGGGAAGCGAUGACGGUUUAUAUAGGGGCAGCGCUGAAUUCAUUCAAUAUCACAUCUACUGGACAAGAUUACUGACAAUAUCUUAAAUAGUGCGCGUUAUUUCCAGUGACUACAUUCCAAGUUAAUUCAAUAUCACCACCUAGAUUUAUUCAUUUUCACAAGGGACUUGAAUAAAAGACUAUCCAAAAUGAAGCUUCUAUGGCUGUUGGUGUUGGUGGCCAGCGCAGUGUAUGCUGAUGAUGAUGACAAGCGGGAGAACGUGGGCACUGUCAUUGGUAUUGACCUGGGAACCACCUACUCAUGUGUCGGUGUCUUCAAGAAUGGCCGUGUGGAGAUCAUCGCCAAUGACCAGGGCAACCGCAUCACUCCGUCCUAUGUGGCGUUUACCAGUGAGGGAGAGCGUCUGAUUGGUGAUGCCGCCAAGAACCAACUCACCUCCAACCCCGAGAACACUGUGUUUGACGCCAAGCGGUUGAUUGGUCGUACCUGGGCUGACUCCUCUGUCCAGCAAGACAUCAAGUACCUGCCCUUCAAGGUGAAUGACAAGAAGAGCAAGCCUCACAUCCAGGUUGACAUUGGCGGUGGUCAGAUGAAGACGUUUGCCCCUGAGGAGAUCUCUGCUAUGGUUCUGACCAAGAUGAAGGAGACCGCUGAGGCUUAUCUUGGCAAGAAGGUCACUCAUGCUGUGGUCACUGUUCCUGCCUACUUCAAUGACGCCCAGCGCCAAGCCACUAAAGAUGCUGGCACCAUUGCUGGGCUCAAUGUGAUGAGAAUCAUCAAUGAGCCAACUGCUGCUGCCAUUGCCUAUGGCCUGGACAAGAAGGAUGGCGAGAAGAACAUCUUGGUCUUCGACCUGGGCGGUGGCACUUUCGAUGUCUCUCUGCUGACAAUCGACAAUGGAGUGUUUGAGGUGGUGGCCACCAAUGGCGACACCCACUUGGGAGGCGAGGACUUCGAUCAGCGUGUUAUGGAGCACUUCAUCAAGCUGUACAAGAAGAAGACUGGCAAAGAUGUACGCAAGGACAACCGAGCUGUGCAGAAGCUGCGUCGUGAAGUGGAGAAGGCCAAGCGUGCCCUGUCUGCCCAGCACCAAGCCCGCAUCGAGAUUGAGUCCUUCUUUGAGGGUGAAGACUUUUCUGAGACCUUGACCCGUGCCAAGUUUGAGGAGCUCAACAUGGAUUUGUUCCGAUCCACCAUGAAGCCCGUGCAGAAGGUGCUGGAAGACUCUGACCUGAAGAAGUCAGACAUUGAUGAGAUCGUCCUGGUUGGCGGCUCAACCCGUAUCCCCAAAAUCCAGCAAUUGGUUAAGGAGUUCUUCAAUGGCAAAGAGCCAUCCAGAGGCAUCAACCCUGACGAGGCCGUUGCUUAUGGUGCCGCUGUGCAGGCUGGUGUGCUCUCAGGAGAGGAGGACACUGGUGAUGUUGUUCUUCUGGACGUGUGUCCUCUCACUCUUGGUAUUGAGACUGUGGGAGGAGUCAUGACUAAGCUGAUCCCUAGAAACACUGUUGUGCCCACAAAGAAGUCUCAGAUCUUCUCCACAGCCUCUGACAACCAGCCUACUGUUACCAUCAAGGUGUAUGAAGGUGAGCGUCCCCUAACUAAGGACAACCACCUGCUGGGCACUUUCGACUUGACGGGCAUCCCCCCUGCCCCACGCGGGGUGCCGCAGAUCGAGGUCACCUUUGAGAUUGAUGUCAACGGCAUUCUUCGCGUCACGGCUGAGGACAAAGGCACAGGCAACAAGAACAAGAUCACCAUCACCAACGACCAAAACCGUCUGACGCCAGAGGACAUUGAGCGGAUGGUGAACGAUGCUGAGCGCUUCGCUGACGAGGACAAGAAGCUGAAGGAGCGUAUCGAUGCCCGCAACGAACUGGAGAGCUACGCCUACUCUCUGAAGAACCAAAUUGGUGACAAGGAGAAGCUUGGCGGCAAGCUGUCUGAUGAAGACAAGGAGACCAUUGAGAAGGCCGUGGAAGAGAAGAUUGAGUGGAUGGAGUCUCACCAGGAGGCUGAUCUGGAGGACUUCCAGGCAAAGAAGAAGGAGCUAGAGGAGGUGGUGCAGCCAAUCAUCAGCAAGCUCUACGGCAGUGCAGGCGGCCCGCCACCAGAGGGCGAGGGUGAAGGCGGUGAAGGGAGAGAUGAGUUGUAAGCAAAAAUAAAAAUGUACAUAUUGGACUGAUGGGACUCAAUGUGAGAAAAGGAGGGCCAGCAAUACUGAAUCUUCCGAAAGACUUUAAAACGAGUUUCAGCUCGUUAGGUGUUCUCUUCGCUGUUGGGCGGAGAUUUGUCAGCCUGGAUUCUCAAGGCUCACUGCUGCUGUUCUCAGGCAGUCCUGAUCGGGAUCAUGUAAUAGUGGGUGGGGGGUUGGUUGGUUGGUGUUCAAUGGUAGCCUGUCUGUUGGCUCUGCAAAGCUUAAAAUUAUUUAUUGAAUUUGGUUAUUGUAUUUCUGGAAAGACAUUGAAAUAAAAGUUUAUAGAAAAUUA